CGCUCUUUGUUUAGCUCGCCUUGCGUCGCUAACGGAAGCCUGCGCUCAGCUCUGAUUAAUCGCGCUGCUUCAUUGGGAUUCGUAACGACAUGCAUUUAGUGGACGCGUUGGUGAGCGUCAUUUAUUGUUGUCGGAAUGUAUAUUAGCCCUCGUGCUAACAGCAUGCUAUGCUAACGUUAGCAUAACAAACGGCAGACGGAAAAGCGACAAAGAACCACAGGACAGUUGAUAUGGAAGAGCCUCCCAGCGACUCCCAGGAUGGUUUACAGCCUCAGGAUCUGUCCUCCGCCUGCAGCCUUCCCAACAUCUUCGAUCUGACGCGGAACGCCGAGGAAUGCCUUCUGAAAGCCAACCCCAUCGACGCCUUGCAUGUCGUCCAGACGCCCGGCUGGUUUGUCAAUCCUGGGACCAGCAAUGGGAUAUUGCUUCCCGAAACUGACUCUGAAUCGCUUCCGCUUCCCACGGACCAGAUCCAACCGGAUAAUGCGUUUUCCAACACGACCGUCACGCUCUCCUACGUGAGCCGGUCGCACGUCUUCUCCGAGCAUUCCCCGAUCGUUCCUUCCUUGAGCAAAGCGUUUGCGCUGCAUCCCGCCGCUUAUGAUGGCGGGCAGCUGGUGACGGAUGCGGGAGAUGCUGCGCUUUCGGUGGACCAACACUGUCUCCAGCAGGUGUCUGUACCGGUCGGACUGACGGCCUGCGAUCAGUUCGGCUUCAUGUCACCGGCUCAGGUCGUGGAAAACGUGGCGGCAUUCUGCUACCUUCAGCAACCUCCGGAUAUGCAAGAUGUGGAAAACCUGGCUUUGGAAACGCUCAAAUCUUUACAAGCCGAUCCCAGCGAGUGCAGGUUUCCCAUCAGCAUUGAUGAGCUUCAGAAUGGAGCGGCGAAUGGCCUUUGGAACGUCGGACCCUUCGAGGGAGGAUAUCCGGAGGAUAACGGUGCGAACGCAGAAGGUUUGCACCGGAACGCCAAUCCGGAGCUCGUCUUUCUCAUCUCCAGAUCCGAGGAGCCGGUGGUUUUACCGAACGACGGCUUCGCCAUUGCGUUAAACCAAGACUUCAUUAAUCCGUUACAUCCUCAGUCUCCGUCGGCAGAGCAAACAGAGGAUGUUUUUGUGAGUUCUCCGAGUGGAGCAAAGCAAGAAGAGGAGUUUUAUUCUACAAUGCCAGAAGCAGCUGAGACCGAAACGACAGAAACACCAACAGGGAAAACUGACAGAACGUGCAACACCGAGUCUGUGCAUGUCAACGAUGCAUCUGCAGAACAAACCGACACCGAUGCAUUCAAAACAAGCAACGAUUUGCCGUCUAGCAGCAGUCCGCUCUUGCUUGAGAGGAAAAGACUGCCUCCGAGAGCUAGACGGGGUGUAAGAAUGGAAGCCAUCGUUCAAGACAUCCAUCCCGUCAGGAGUCGCGUGUGUAAAAGAAAAGUUCAGAAGAGCAAGUCCAAGAAAAAGGUGCUGGAAAAGAUGCGCGAUGCAAAGAAGAAAAAGACUGAAGAAACCGACGUCAGACGUUCCAGCAGACGUAAAGCCACACAAUCUACCUCAACUUCUGCAAAGAUGUUAGAUGCAUUUGUAAAACGCACAAAGAAAAAAUCCUCCGAAGGGAUAGGAAGCCCUCAACCUGGACCAGUCAAGCAUCAAAAACCAAUGCCGGCUCAACAAGUCCUGAAGAAAUCUGCCAAACGGAAGAGAAAGAAACACACAGUCGGCCACGCGUCAUUUUUCUCACCGCAGGAACCUGAAAUCAAACUCAAAUGUCUGAGUUACAAGGAGAAGAAGGAUGUGCGGGAUGAGACCUUCGCACCUUACGUGCGCAUGCAGAGCAAAGACUUCCCCGUCUGUACGGUGGUCAACUAUCCCGAGGACAGCGUCCGGAUCACGCAGGGAAAGCGGCAGGUGUGUGCCGGGUUUGCGUCCGGUGAGAUGCCCGUGACGCCUGGACUGCAGUACGGUCGGGUCUGUGUGGAUGUCACACAGCGGGAUGUUCUGGUCUGCUGUCUCUGCGGCGGCUCGGCCAAUGCCAUGGACCUCGGAGACUUGCAUGGGCCGUAUUACCCCGAAGGCUUCAAAACGGCUUCUAAAGCGGUUUGCAAUCCUCAGGAAGAGGAUAAUAGUGACUCGGACUCGUCUGUUCGAGGGAAACGCCUGGAGUCUCUUUGGACCAGCGAUAGCGAGUCGUCCAACAGGCCUUCAUCGAAGAGAGCCAGGAUGGACGGUGACACCGAUUGGUUCAGUCCUCCAGUGGUUCCUCUGGACGCUAACGAGCACUGGCUCCACGAGGACUGCGUGAUAUGGUCCGCAAGCGUCUUUCUGGUUCGGGGAAAGCUGUACGGACUGGAAAAUGCAGUCAGGUUGGCGAAAGCGUCGGUUUGUUCGACGUGUCAAAGAAGAGGGGCGACGUUGGGCUGCGUUUUCAAAGGCUGCCCGAACAAAUACCACUACACAUGUGCACUGCGCUCCGGUUGUGUAUUAAAGGAGGAUAAUUUCUCAAUGAAAUGCAGAAAGCACAAGAACAAGUCGAUGAAAGGAUCGUCUGAUCGUCAAAUCAACAGGUGACAGGAGAACGAGGACGCUAUGCAAGAGUGUGGUUGACGUCUAACUCCAGUGUUCCUCCGCGGGACCUUCAGACACCCAUCCACCUUAAUAAUUUUGCUGUUGCACUGCUCAUAACACCUGUCACUCUCACACAAACACCAGUUUGUUUGUGAGACUCACACGAGGGUCAGAUGUGAGGACUGCGGGGAAGGUCAGAGAGAAUUGCACAGAGCAGAAGAACCACAGCACAAACGUGUGCUCCUCUGAAUGAUUUUACAAAAUAUGUGUCAUAUUUAUACGUUGGCGCAAAAUCAGUUUUUUUUUUGGAAAUAUUUUCGUUGUUGUUCAUUCUGUCUUAAUUUAUGAAAAAAAUAAUCAAUUUUUAAAUAUACUGCUUGCUUGUCUUUAUAAUCAACACUUUCUGUUCAUUUGGCAUCCAAUCAAGAAAAAUGUUCUUUGUAAAAGAAGGAAGCGUAAAAAAACAAAGUUGUGGAACCAACAGCUAGCGAGCAAUUAAGAAGGGCACUUUCUGUACAAAAUGGGAAAGGAUGAUGAUUUAAUUUAGUCCGGGAUUAGUAUGUUAGCUUCAUGCGUUUCUUAAUCUGCGUCUCGAUGCUCUGUUUCUUCCUGCGUAACGGCACACAAACACACUUAGAUCUAGAAGAGUGGAAGACGCUCUGAACGCAUGCAUGCAUUUAAUCUUCAUUUUCGAUUACAUUAAUUGUAUAAUUCACAACGUCCACACAUUAAUUGUAAAUGGUGAAUAUAAAUAUCCCAGUUCAUCAGAUAUAACUUCAUCUGAACCACAUCUUCUUGUUGGUUUGAAAUGUUUCAGUGCCGUUUUUUAAUAUUCAUAAUUCUGGUUUAUUCAUUUGUUGCUCUAUUGCUAAGACAAAUCAGUAUCAGUUUAUUUCUGACUUUUACCCAGGAAGCACUUCCUUUAUGUUUGAUGAAAGAGAGCAGUAUUUGGAGACUCGUUCUGUAAAUGUACAGUGCAUUAAACAACACUGCACUCAUGUAUUGUUGACUGACUAUUUGUGUCAAUAUUUGUGUCCAGAGUUUAAGAUGAAUCUGGAAUCUGUGCCAAAUACAGCUUGAUGUACUUGAGAUCAAGAGCUUGAGAGGUCGAGUCCUGUGAUGUUUUGUGUUAAUGUACUCGUAUUUUGUGCCAUAUUUUUGUUCAGAACUGUAUCUGUACAAAUCUUGUGCAAAUUGUAUUUUUUUGUCUGUCUUGAAUGAAUUGUCACAUUUUAGCAUCGUACCAAAUUUUUUGUUGGCAUUGUUUUUCUCAAACGUUAAACCUUUCCGAUCUUAAUCUCAGGGUUGAGCAGGAGUCUUUUGUGUUGUUGUGGACAUUCUUACCCCAAAAUGUAUUUAUCCUGAACUGUCUAAACCCAGUUGGUCAGCUUAAUAAACUGGCUUCUUUUAUUUUGCCUAA